AUGGACCCAUGGGACGAGUCGUUGAAGCCAUAUUUAGUAAAACCCAAGAAGCUGGCGUGUUCGGACAAGUUUGAUCUGUUUUAUUUUGAUUAUCACGGGAUAUUACACGUAAACGAGAGUGUGGCGAUGCAUUACAACAUUUUGCACGAAGAACUGAAUUGUGCGUAUCAGCCAAUCAAGAGACUAGAUGGAGAUUCAGAGGUUGUGUUUGCUGACAAAGUACGAUUCUCGUUACCAACGGCAAUAAAAAGCCACGUUUUUCGGAUAACAUGCCAUCAUUCUAUGACGCAGAAACUUGUGUACGAUAUGACCCACUUUAAUCCAUUUUGGAACGAAUAUGCUAAACUGAAGAAAACUGUAGGGCACGAGACGCCAUCCACACCAAGUGUGCUGUUACUUGGAUUAGAUUCUGUGUCGAGGUCCCACGCAACACGGAAUUUACCGAAAUCUUUAAAUUUUCUACGAAACGAGAUGGGAGCUUAUGACUUUGUUGGGUAUCGAAAAGUUGGCGAAAAUACAUACCCGAAUCUUGUUGCAUUGCUUACUGGAAAAAGCCAUAGUUCGUUCCCGUUUGUCACGAACAAUUGGGCAUAUGCCGAUUCACUGCCAUUUUUAUGGAAAGAACCAUUCAUGAAAUCUGUUGCCACUGUCUAUUCGGAAGACCGAGCUGAAAUUGCGGCGUUUAACUACAUUAAAAGAGGUUUCGAGAAAGUACCUACGGACUAUUAUUUUCGACCUUAUAAUCUUGCGCUACAUAAAUUUCAGCCUGUUUUAAAUGAACAACUCCCAAAACCCGACAUGGACUGUUACGGGUAUAGGAACUAUUUUGAACUACUUCUGCAGUAUUUCAAGUGUUUUUUACAAGUCAACAAUUACAAACGCAAAUUUGGAAUAAUUUGGAGCAACCAAGUAGCGCACGAAGAAUUUACUGCCUUGAAACGAGGUGACGAGUCUUUACUCGAGUUCUUAACGUGGAUGAAGAACAAUAUCAAUAUGCAAAACACCAUACUUGUCAUUUUAAGCGACCAUGGUUACCGCAUAGGCGGCGCUUCAUUGACUCACAUCGGUCGAGAAGAAAACAAUAACCCAUGGCUUAUGAUGAUAGUUCCUCCCCAUUUGAAAUCAAACGUCACCAUUGAAAGAGCUAUACGGAAAAACACCCAGCGCCUUAUUACACCGUUUGAUCUCUACCAGACUAUUUACGAUAUACUUAAAUAUGGGAAUGUACCAGUACCAGUUCAUGGUAACGACGUAAAGCCGUCAUUGACACGAAGAAAUCUGUUUCACCCAAUACCUUCAUUUCGCACAUGCACAGACGCUGGUAUACCUGAUUACUACUGCACAUGCCAUGAGAAAACAAUGGUUGCCAACAAUUCUGAACUUGUAAAGGAUUUGGCAAAAUAUAUUGUUCAAACAAUAAAUGAAAUAGUAUCAGCGAACGAAAACUCGUGUGCUACAUUUACACUCCUUAAAAUCAGGGAGGCCAGCGUUGUGUAUUCGCCAAAAGAUAAGCUCAAUAUACCAACAAAACUCGCAAAUGCGUGGACGUCGAUUGGAUAUUUCGGCAAGCUUCUGCGGUCUGAAAAUGAUUUAGACCAAUUAACAGGAAGGUACAAUAUAAUGUUCAUGGUGUCACCCGGAGACGCGGUAUUUGACGGGUUAGUGGAUUUCUCGCAGUUUUCUGACGACGCUGAAAGAAUGACAAUCAUUGGACAGCCAACCCGACUGGACCGUUAUGGUAACCAGUCACAUUGUGUGGACCAGCUGAGUCUGAAACCUUAUUGCUACUGUACUGACCUCAUAGCAUCUUAG